CCAAAACCGCUCUCUACAAUACCUUUCAUACACAGUCUCUCUCUUUCUCAACCUUCGAGAACCCUUUUGUGUCCUGUCCUGUAUAUAUACACCACCACUUCAACACUUCUCUCCAUCCAUUUUCCAACCUCAAUCACCCAACACCUAGUAUUAUUAUUCAAUGCCUGAAACUCCCCCAUCACUAGAAAGAAAAACAUAACAAGUCACCAUAUAAAGGAGUUAGAGUCAUUAAUAGGAGUUAGUUUGAGACUUGAAAGACUGAAAAGAAACUGAAAGUGGUCCAACCUAGUUAGACAACAAAAAAUGGCAUCGGAUAAGGUGGUGGAAACGGUCAUAGCAGGGAACUACGUGGAAAUGGAAACUGAAGGGAAGCCCAAGGACGUAAAAACCAAGCUAUCAAGCUUGUUGUGGCAUGGAGGUUCUGUUUAUGAUGCUUGGUUUAGCUGUGCUUCCAACCAGGUGGCCCAAGUGCUGCUUACGUUGCCAUACUCAUUCUCCCAACUGGGAAUGCUUUCUGGCAUACUUUUCCAAAUCUUCUAUGGUUUACUCGGAAGUUGGACAGCUUACCUCAUUAGCAUUCUCUACGUUGAAUACAGAACAAGAAAAGAGAGAGAAAAAGUUAACUUCAGAAACCAUGUCAUCCAGUGGUUUGAAGUUCUUGAUGGACUCCUCGGGAAGCACUGGAGAAACGUGGGUUUGGCCUUUAACUGCACAUUUCUUCUGUUUGGAUCUGUUAUACAAUUGAUAGCUUGUGCAAGCAACAUAUAUUACAUAAAUGACAACCUGGACAAGAGGACUUGGACUUACAUCUUCGGAGCUUGCUGUGCCACCACUGUCUUUAUUCCUUCCUUUCACAACUACAGAAUCUGGUCCUUUUUGGGCCUCCUUAUGACCACUUACACUGCUUGGUAUCUCACAGUUGCCUCUCUCCUUCACGGUCAGAUGGAAGGAGUUAAGCAUUCGGGUCCGACCAAAUUGGUUCUAUAUUUUACGGGGGCCACAAACAUUCUCUACACAUUCGGGGGACAUGCUGUUACUGUGGAGAUAAUGCACGCGAUGUGGAAGCCUCAAAAGUUCAAGGCCUUAUACUUACUGGCAACCCUGUAUGUGCUGACACUGACGCUUCCAUCGGCAGCAGCAGUGUAUUGGGCAUUUGGAGACAUGCUUCUAAAUCACUCCAAUGCUUUUGCUCUCCUUCCAAAAUCACCCUUCCGUGACAUGGCUGUCAUUUUAAUGCUCAUCCACCAGUUUAUAACAUUCGGGUUUGCAUGCACCCCAUUAUACUUCGUGUGGGAGAAAGCAAUAGGGAUGCACGAGUGCAAGAGCCUAUGCAAGCGUGCAUUGGUGAGAUUACCAGUGGUGAUCCCCAUAUGGUUCUUGGCCAUCAUAUUCCCCUUCUUUGGUCCCAUCAACUCCACCGUUGGCUCUCUCCUUGUCAGCUUCACCGUUUACAUCAUCCCCGCCCUCGCCCACAUCUUCACCUUCAGAUCACCCUCUUCCAGACAGAAUGCAGUGGAACAACCUCCCAAAUUUGUUGGAAGAUGGGUGGGAACCUUUAUUAUCAACACUUUUGUGGUGGUGUGGGUCCUAGUCGUAGGAUUUGGAUUUGGAGGGUGGGCCAGCAUGGUGAACUUCAUACGCCAGAUUGACACAUUUGGACUCUUCACAAAGUGUUACCAAUGCCCUCCACCGCUUCUACCACCUAUGCCGCCGCAUCAGCUCAACGCCACCGCGCCUUCGCCACUUCACCACCCUCAUCAUGCACACUAAGGAUUGCACUCUUUAAAGUUCAAAUUGAGACCCAUCUAUGAAGCCGCACCCUAGGCUCUUUGGUGAAAUUAUUAACGGUGCAAUACAUGUCAUUGUUACGUUGAGAAUGAUAAAUUUGUAAUGUAUUGGCCGUGUCAUAAUUAAACAUAUAAUGUAUUCUUCAAUUAUCUUUCUCUUUAUAGCCUUAAGGUAGUUUUGAGCACUUUGUCAUGGUCAGGUAUCAUAAGAAGAAAAAAGAAAAUAAAACGAUAAGGUUUAUGAUGAA